UUUGGAAUUUGGAGUUUGAGGAUUUAGGAAAACGGCGUCGUAGGCGUCAUCCUAGUUGAGCAUAAACCCUUGGAUCAUCAAAACCCCUCCAUCUUUCACUCGCUGGUGUUGUUGAAAUAGGAACUGAGAAUUAAGAGAAGGAUGUUGUCAAGACUAGGGAGGAUCCGAAAUGUAUGUGUUGCCGGUGGUGGUGUGGAUGAAAUCACCAGUUCCUUCCUAGGAGCCUCAAGAAAUUAUCACUCUCAUGUUGCAGGAAUAUAUUCCAAUAUGCUCAAUGGCUCUUGUGAACGACAUUGGACUUGUGGACAUACAAAUGCUUUUCGCUCAACAAUGGUUGUUCAACAGCCAAUAUUCUGGAAUCAUCAGAGAAUGGUUACAACGCAAACAAAAGCCCCUGCCCAAGCUCGGCAUAAAGGCACCCAACUUUCUAUGCAGAGUCCUGGAUUUGUCAUUGAGCCAUAUACACCCCGUGAACGAAUUGCCUUUUGGCGAAGAUGCUUCACUAGAAGUGGAUGGAGAAGAACAAAAGACGACAUCAUUCUAGAGCUCAAAAAUGCAUAUGCCAUUAGUAAAUUGCGGAAAAAGGGAUAUUCAAAGCAAAAGUUCUACACGGAAGCCUUUAAUCUAUACAAAGAGAUAAACUCUCAUAUAGCGACUCGUGACAAGGCAUCCUUAAGGAAAGCUGUUACAGAAAAUAUGUAUUCUACGCUCAAAAAUGAGAUUAAGCAAAGACAAUCAGUGUGGAGCAGUGUUUACUUGGAGUUGAUAGAACCUGCUGUGAAAAUUCGAACGCUAAGAGCUCGAAUGAUUGCUAUUGACAAGGAUGACCUCAGUAAAUUCUUCAUGCAGCUUACACUUGAGUUCUUGACAAAGCAGAAGUUUGAGGCUUAUGAUUCAAGUGGUGCUAUUGUCGCUGGAGACAAGGAUAAGGAGGUACUUGUUCGCGACAUAUGGGUUUUUGAAAAGUCUUUCUUUCACCCGAAUUCUUACUGGCGACUAUGUGGGCGUAUUAAGGUAUAACAGGUUAUGUUGUUUUUUGGUGUUGGUGAGAUAGCUCUACUGAAGUUCAGAAAUCAGAACAGAUUUUGAUCCAUGAGCAAUUGACUGUGUGAGGUCGUUUAUCAUGCAUCGUUGCAUAUCAUUAAUUACUUGAGCAAUAAAAGGUGAUAUGGGUGAACUCAGUAUUUCAAAUUUGUUCUUUGCAUUCUUGUUUGUUACAUGUGACGAAUAAGCUGAUCCUAUAGUUGCCAGUUUGGUAAAAUUUUGAUUCUAGUGCGACAUUCCAGCUGUAAUUUUAAUAUUUUUUGCCAAGUCAAGGCGGUAAUUGUUUUCUUACA